GUGCGUCGUCGUUUGGUGAAUUUCCAAACUUAAAAAUCGAAGCCCCAAUUUCGUUGCUACUUAUAUUUGGUCUUGCAUAUGCAGUCAAUCACACGAGCUACACCUUCUUAAUAAACUCCGCCUCCUCCAUUUCUUUAAGCAUUUAAAUUGUCUUCGAAAGUUGGCCAGCUCUUGUCCUCAAAAGCCAAGGCCUCUUCUCCUUCCUCUAGGGUUCUGCUAUUCAUUUCUCUUCCCCACACCCCCGCUCUCUAUCUAUAUUUAUAUAUAGAAGAAUAUAGAAUAUACGAUCAUUUGAUUGCGUUAGGUUUCCGCAGUGAAGAGUUGGUUGGUGGCGAAAUGGCGUUCUUUUCUUCGCUCCUUAGAUCUGCGCCGUCACCUGUUCUAGACGCUGACGCUUUCCGUCCCUCCGACCGCUCCAAGGCACCCUUCGGCCUUAUUGCUAAUGCUGUCAAGUUUCAGUCAAGUAUAUUCGGGGCUAAUUUGCCAGUGGAGUUUUCCCCACUACAGAAGACUAGUGCCCGCUCUGUUCAUCCUGUUAGAGCAACAGCGACAGAAGUACCUCCUACCAUCCAUAAAUCACGAAGCAGUGGGAAGACCAAGGUUGGCAUCAAUGGUUUUGGACGUAUUGGCAGAAUAGUUUUACGGAUAGCAUCUUUCAGGGAUGAUAUUGAUGUGGUAGCUGUUAAUGAUCCUUUCAUUGAUGUGAAAUACAUGGCAUACAUGUUCAAAUAUGACUCGACUCAUGGACCUUUCAAGGGAACCAUCCAAGUUAUUGAUGAAUCCACUUUGGAAAUCAAUGGAAAGCAAAUCAAAGUAACCAACAAAAGGGACCCAGCUGAGAUUCCCUGGGGUGAUUAUGGGUCUGAGUAUGUUAUUGAGUCUUCUGGGGUCUUUACAACUGUUGAAAAGGCUUCAGCACACAAGAAGGGUGGUGCUAAGAAGGUUGUGAUCUCAGCUCCAUCAGCCGAUGCUCCUAUGUUUGUAGUUGGUGUAAAUGAAAGCAGUUACAAACCAAGCAUGGAUGUUGUUUCCAAUGCUAGCUGUACCACCAAUUGCCUUGCUCCUCUUGCCAAGGUAGUGCACGAAGAGUUUGGUAUUGUAGAGGGUCUGAUGACGACUGUCCAUGCAACUACAGCCACACAGAAGACUGUUGACGGUCCUUCAAUGAAGGACUGGAGGGGUGGUCGAGGAGCAGGGCAGAACAUCAUCCCUAGUUCGACUGGUGCUGCUAAGGCUGUUGGAAAAGUUCUUCCAGAGCUUAAUGGUAAGCUUACUGGAAUGGCCUUCCGUGUGCCCACGCCUAAUGUCUCUGUUGUAGACUUGACUUGUCGGCUUGACAAAAGUGCUUCUUAUGAAGAUGUUAAAGCAGCAAUAAGAUAUGCUGCAGACGGCCCACUGAAAGGCAUUCUAGGAUACACUGAUGAAGAUGUUGUUUCCAAUGAUUUUGUCGGUGACUCGAGGUCAAGCAUAUUUGAUGCCAAUGCUGGAAUGGGUCUUAGCAAAUCAUUCAUGAAACUAGUCUCCUGGUAUGACAAUGAGUGGGGUUACAGGUAUGCUCUCUCUCUUCCUCCCUCCCUCACACACACACACACACACACACACACGUGCACACGAGCCUGUGCAUAAUAUGACGUUUUUCUGUUGCAGUAACCGAGUAUUGGACCUGAUUGAGCAUAUGGCCUUGGUGGCAGCAACCAAGUAAGAAGCAGCAGCUUGAGAGUUUCUUUUUCUUUUUUGGCUGGGAAAAUGAGUUUUAUACAAGGGGGUAGAAGCGAUGUUAGGUAUUGCAUCGCGCUUGGAAUUGAUAUUGGCUUAUUAAACCAAUGAUGGAGUGAUUAUAGCCGCUUUGAAAUAAUGUACUAGUAAUGUAUGUGAACUCAUGUAGAAGCACAUUUAUUGUUUUUUGAUGUUAUGUUGCGGACGCAACGUCCAAAUUGGCGUUUUCAGCCAUAAACAUUGUUAUGAUUAUUCACAAA